CUCAGAUCAUUUCAUUUGAACGGGAUUUACCAUAGGAACCAAAUAGUGUUUGUUGUUAACCGGUAAAAUAUUCCUGACGCACUGCAAAUGUUCAGUUCACGUAACGUAGCAACAUUAGCUUUAGCUGAUCAAAGAGCGAGCCUACAGUAGGCAGGAACUAUUUGAAUGUGUACUAAUACAUGAAAAACCUUGCAUGUAUUUUCAAAGUGUUAAUUAAAAUAUUAUUUCUUGACUUCUGUCCGCUUGUCGGAUUCUCGGUUUGUCAUCCUAUUUUGUUUUAACAUUAGGUACCGUAUCAAUUUUGCGAACUAAAGCGGAAUGUUGGUUAACGUUAGCUAACGUUAGAAACAAGGCGUAACGUAAACAAACAAAUCUAUUCACUGUGCACCUGUUGUCGGUAACGUUAACUCAUGCACUGAUAAUUUGCGUGCAUGUGCGAACAACACUGAAAACAAACAACAACAAAAAACAAACUAGCUGCAUUGCCGUCAACUGGAUCAUCUUAGGCCCACGGGAUGGCUGCUGCAAGACAUGCAGCCGGACCAAGUACCUCCAGGAAGGGUCUCAUAGAUAUUUACAGUGACUUGAAUCAAAACGACGAGGAUUUGGACAGAAUAGCUGAAGCAAAUGAACUUUUUGAUGCAGUUUUGACUGGCUCAGUCAAUCAGGAGGACAAGAAAGUUACUACAAAUGUGGUGCCUCUUAAGGAGACACCAGAUAAAGAGGAGGCUAAAUCACCAGUGAAAAGUCAAAAAGGAGGAAGCUCACUGAGGAGACUCGCUUUAUACAUUGGAAAUUUCCCCUGGUGGACAUCUGAUAAGGACCUCACAUGCAUGGCUCAAACGUUGGGUGUGAGGGACAUCACAGAGAUCAAGUUUGCUGAGAACAAAAUUAAUGGCCAGUCAAGAGGCUAUGCAGAAAUGGUGGUAACCUCGGAAGAGUCAUUAAAAAUAUUAUUGGAAAAAAUACCCCAAUGUGAACUCAAUGGGGCAAGGAUAGACUGUCGCUUUGCCACUCGCCAGAAUCUCACCAUGUUUGAGGACACAGCAAAUAAACGUAUACCCAUGCGUGUUAAUUCCAAAGAUCCAAAGGACUUAGAUUCUUCUGAAAAGAUUCCCUCAUUAUUAUCACAGGAGCCCAGCCCUCCCCCUAUACCUCCACUUUUCCCAUCACAUCCACAUGCAAACAGGUUUCCCUCACUGCCCGGCCCUUACCUUGGUCAGCCACCUCCCUUCCCACAUAUGCCACCAAACAUUCCUCCACCACCCCAUUUGUUCCCUCCUCAUCCAGUCCAUGUUCCUAGCCAACCGUCUCCCAGUCUGCAUAUAAAUCCAGCAUUCUUCACCCCAGCACAAGACGGACACAGCAGCAAAGGGUACAGCCAGCAAAAACACGCACCUCAAAGUACAGGUGGGGAUUUUGAGGAGCUGAUGAACAGGAAUAGAGCUGUCGCCAGCAGUGCCAUCACCAAGGCUGUGUCUGGAGCAACGGCUGGUGACUUAAGGGUGGCCAUGGAGACUCUAUUAACUGCCAUUGCCAUCAUCAAGCAGUCCAGAGUGUACGGCGAUGAACGCUGCCAGGCCCUGGUCACCUCACUUAAAGACUGUCUAGUCUCUAUCCAGGGCAACUACGGCUACAGGGGCAGCAGUCGUUCUCGGGAUGAAGAAAGAGACCGGGACAGGGGUCGCGACAGAGAGCGAGAACGUGACAGAGAACGUGACAGAGAACGUGACAAAGAAGAUUCUUCAGGUUGGGAAGGCGCGGGAAUGUCUCGAAGACGCAGAGAACGCUCCUGGAGUGGUGACAGGGACAAGGAACGCUCACGGGAACGGGAAAGGCACCGAGAUUACAGAGACCGAUACCGCUAACUUGACUAGUGGAGUGUGAAGUGUGAAGAGCGAAGACAGAAUUUUUGUUUCUGCACCAAGAUGUAUAAAAUUCCAGAGGAAUCUAAGGUGAGACUGAAGAUGUAUCUCCAAAAGACUAAAAUGUACUUUUUGUUGUUUCUCCAGUUGUGUGUACAUACUGCGACUUUUACCUGUUUUAAGAAAAAAAUGUGGUUGUAGAUUUGUUGCUGGGACAUCAGAUUCCAGUGCUUGCAUGCGUGGGAACACCUCUUAACAACUUCUGUAAUACAGUGUUUUCAUCACUUUCUUUUGUAUUAAAUCUACACAUUAAAAAACAUUACCUGAAAA